AUGGACCGCAGACGCCUACCGCCCGAUCUUCCGGCCCUCUUGCGUCAACGGGAGGCAGAGAAGGCUGCCGCCGCGAAGCCCAGGUUUAUCCCAAAGAAGGAACGAGAGCGCCUAGCCGCAGAGAAAGCCGCGAAGGAAGAAGAGGAACGACAACGACGCCAGGAAGCGCUGUCGACGCAACGGAAACCAACGACCAACGGGACAAAUGGCGCAUCACACGACAUACCGACCGGCCCCAAGGCGAUGCGGCAGCCCGAUGGCGACCAUUCCGAACUACCAAUCAGCGGGAAACGCCGCCGGCUGAACGACGAGGACGGGAAGCGCGCCGAGAUGGAGCGCAAGGACGCCGCCGAACUGCGAGCAAAGUACAUGGGGCCCGAAGUGAAUCAGUCGACUUUUUCGGCUAAGAAGAAGAGGAAGCGAACGGCGGCGAAUAAGUUCAAUUUCGAUUGGGACCCUGAGGAUGACACGAGCCGGCCGUACGACCCAAUCUACGCAGACCGGCCAGAGCCCAUCUUCAAGAUUACAGGAUACGAGAUUACGGAUGAGUUGGUACAACGACAGGCCGCGGCGAUCCGCCGUGGAGACCCCGAGACUGGCGAGGAACGCGCGAGGCAACUCUUGGAACAGCACGAACGUGCCAAGCAAGCGGCCGAGCGCAAGAGCUUUGGCAAGCACUGGUCAGAGAAGAGGCUGGACGAGAUGAAGGAACGCGAUUGGCGUAUUUUCAAAGAAAACUUUGGUAUCGCCACAAAGGGGGGUGCCAUUCCCGACCCGAUGCGAAGCUGGGACGAGUCGAAUCUACCGCGGCGGCUGCUCGAGAUCGUCCACAACGUUGGCUAUGAUGAACCAACCCCGAUUCAGCGGGCUGCUAUCCCGAUUGCACAACAGGCGCGCGAUCUCAUCGGUGUGGCCGUGACCGGUUCCGGUAAAACAGCGGCCUUCCUUCUUCCGUUGCUCGUCUACAUCUCCGAGCUACCUCCGCUCACCGAGUUCAACAAAAACGACGGCCCCUAUGCGCUCAUUCUUGCGCCGACAAGAGAACUGGUGCAGCAGAUUGAGACAGAAGCCAGGAAGUUUGCUGGGCCUUUGGGUUUCACUGUGGUCAGCAUCGUGGGCGGUCACUCGCUGGAGGAGCAGGCUUUUGCGCUUCGCAACGGCGCGGAGAUCAUUGUGGCAACACCAGGUCGUCUCGUAGACUGUCUGGAGAGGCGUUUGCUUGUCUUCUCGCAGUGCUGUUACAUCAUCAUGGAUGAAGCCGAUCGUAUGAUCGAUCAGGGUUUCGAGGAACCCCUGACCAAGAUUCUCGACGCUCUUCCGGUAGCUAAUGAGAAACCCGACACCGAAGAUGCCGAAAACUCGCAACUCAUGAGCCGCUACUUGGGUGGUAAAGACCGGUACCGCCAGACCAUGAUGUACACAGCCACCAUGCCGCCGCUUGUCGAGAAGAUUGCCAAGAAAUACCUUCGGCGCCCUGCCAUCGUAACCAUCGGUAACGCCGGCGAGGCUGUCGACACGGUUGAACAGCGUGUUGAAUUCAUUUCGGGUGAGGACAAACGCAAGAGGCGUUUGCAAGAGAUCCUCAACUCGGCUCAAUACGCGCCGCCCAUCAUCGUGUUUGUCAACAUCAAACGCAAUUGCGAAAUGGUGGCAAGGGAUAUCAAGUCGUGGGGACACUCGACGGUCACACUACACGGUAGCAAAACGCAGGAGCAGCGUGAGGCUUCGUUGGCGUCGGUGCGCAAUGGGCAAGCGCACAUUCUUGUGGCAACUGAUUUGGCAGGUCGUGGUAUCGACGUAGCGGACGUUUCACUCGUCGUCAACUUCAACAUGCCGUCUAGCAUCGAGGCGUAUACCCAUCGUAUUGGUCGUACCGGUCGUGCGGGUAAAAGUGGUGUGGCCAUCACGUUCUUAGGGAACGAGGACUCAGAUGUUAUGUAUGAUCUGAAGCAGAUCAUCUCCAAGUCUUCCAUCUCUAAGCCGAGGACAGCGGUAAUGGAAGCGGUGGAGGAUAUUCUCUAUGGCUCGAUCGCCGGUAUCGUUGGCAAGUACAUUGAAUAUCCCUUCGACACGGUCAAAGUUCGCCUCCAAUCCCAGCCCGACCAUCUACCCCUUCGAUACAAGGGCCCUUGGGACUGCUUCGGUCAGUCCAUUCGCUCUGAUGGCUUUCUCGGCCUCUACCGGGGCAUCAGCGCACCGCUAUUUGGCGCCGCCCUCGAGAAUAGCAGCCUUUUCUUCUGGGAACGUCUCGGUCGUGCCGCGAUCUACGCCUCGGGGUACACACCGCGUGAACAGCCCCUGCCGCUGUCUGCGCUCUGGCUGACGGGUGCUUUCUCCGGCGCCAUGACCUCCUUUGUAUUGACCCCCGUCGAGCUGGUCAAGUGCAAGAUUCAGGUGCCAGAGACGGGGGAGGCGGGAGGCGUCGAGGGGGAUGCGGGGAAGCCCAAGCCAGCAGCGCUGCGGCCGCUGCCGGUGAUCCGGGAUAUCUGGCGGCAUCAGGGCUUGCGAGGGUUCUGGCAUGGCCAGCUGGGUACGCUGAUCCGUGAGUCGGGCGGCUGCGCGGCGUGGUUUGGGUCUAAGGAGACGGUCACCAAGCUGUUUCGGGAGUGGAACGGGCGUCGGUCGGGAGAGGAGAGCGGUACUACGGCCACUAAGGAAGCCAAGAUUCGGCAUCACGACAGCAGCCCGGAUGACGACGCCCUCCCGCUUUGGCAGCAGGCCGUGGCUGGUGCGUCUGCUGGUAUGAUGUACAACUUCCUCUUCUUCCCCGCCGAUACGGUGAAGUCGCGGAUGCAGACAACACCCAUUGGAGAAGGCGCUGCGACUGAGUAUCGCAGUUUUAGUGCCGAGACGGCCGCACUGUGGAAGCAGGCCGGGCUUAAGGGCUUCUACCGUGGAUGCGGUAUCACAGUCAUGCGCUCGGUACCGAGUUCGGCGUUUAUUUUCAUUGUAUAUGAUGGGUUGAAGAAGCAUUUUCCCCUGCAAUGA